UAUGGCAAUUUCAUUGCGGUUAUUAUAUUAAUGAUUAAAUUUCAUUUUAACGGACAUCUAAUAUAUACUAACAUAAUAUAAUACCGAUCAGUUGACGAAACACUUGACUUCUCUGUUCGUGAACAACAUGGCGCAUACGUUAUUUGAUUUUUCGGUGAUCAUUGCACUAAUCCUUCAUUUCGCAAUUGGUGAAAAUAUCGAUCGACCAACCAGAUAUGCACCUGACUCCAACUUCGCGAGUGUAGAAAAUACGAAAACCCCAGAUCAGAACUCCGAAGCUACAUUAUUCGGCGAAUCGGAACCGUUUGGAACACAAGAUCGAGGCAAUUAUUUUAUGUAUCAGCAUGUUCCUAAACCAGAUCAUUAUGAAUUUGCUUAUAAACGAGGAAACGAGCAUCAUUUUAGACAACAUCAUGAAAAAGCUGCACCGCAUGAAGGGCACUUCAAAACACAAACUCGAUGGGGAGAUAAACAUGGAGGCUACGGCGAACAUUACUGGGACUAUAAUCACGGAGGAGAUGCUCACGAAGAAGGUUCCAGUAACGAAGAGAUAUUUGAUCCAUCGCAAACACAAGACGCAAAGACAAUAGCGUACGCUUCGACUCCAUCGGUCGACUCUCGUGCCCCGCACCAAAUCUCCGAAACUCAUAAAACCGAGCAAAAGGAACGUAAGAAGUACUACAGUAAGCCAAAUAAACCCAAGUACGAAGAUAUUCGACAGAAGAAAAAAUACUCGGAAACUGAAUCUCCGCAAAAUGCAGCCAAAGUACAAGAAUACUACGAUAUACCUAAAGUCAAACCGAGACCUUAUGACAAAGACUACUCCCCAGCUGCCGAGACAAAGAAAGCUCAGCAUUAUCAGAACGUGAAUUUAUAUUCCCAAGGAGAGGAAUUCCCUGUAAUGUACGAUACGACUAAGACCCCAUCUACGACUAAUUACGAUCAAGUGCAAUCUUUGAAGUCAUAUUCGUAUGAUCCGGAGGCGAGAGAUGGUUACAUUCUAUAAUUCGAUUCCCCAGGAAUUACCUAGCUUUUCUGUCGACACGAAUUAAUUGUGAUAUUUUUGUACAUAAAUAAAUUUUGUUUUCGUUUUUUAAAA